UAAGCUUAUAUCGUGCAAUACUAAAACCUUCGAGUGAGGCGCGUAUCAUUACAUGAACGAGCAAGCUCCUUAUGAUGCUCUGUUAUGGGACUUUUCCAGUAUAUUGCAAGGCGCUACCAAAGAACACAAUAUCCGUCUACAGUCCACGCGCGCCUUCAACCUGCCUCCGUAGGCAACGCAAAGACAACACCCUAUAAACUGCCGAAAUGCUGAGAUCCGUACCGCUGUCGGCGCUGCUCCUCAUCGCACGAGCCUUCGCCUCACCCUUGUCUGAGCCCUCCGGCGACCCUCUCCCUCUCCUCAUCUGGCAUGGCCUAGGUGACAACUACGCGGCCGACGGUCUCGCAGAAGUCGCCUCUCUCGCUGAAGAGGCAAAUCCAGGAACAUACGUUUACAUAAUCCGCCUUGACGAAGAUGCUUCCUCCGACCGCACCGCGACCUUCCUAGGGAACGUCACCGAGCAAGUAACCAACGUCUGCGCCGCCAUCACCGCCGAUCCUAUCCUGUCUACAGCACCCGGCGUCAAUGCCCUUGGGUUUUCGCAGGGCGGGCAGUUCCUGCGUGGUCUUGUUGAGCGCUGCGGCGGCGAUGAUGGCAUCAAAGUCAAGAACCUUGUGACAUUCGGUAGCCAGCACAACGGCAUUGCAAAGUACCAGCUCUGCAAGCCCACCGAUUGGCUCUGCAAGGGUUACAUCGGCCUGCUUAAAGCGAAUACUUGGGGCGCGUGGGUACAGGGCCACCUCGUGCCGGCACAGUACUUCAAGGCUGUCGACGAGGAGACGGGCGAGCCGACCGAGGAAUACCUUACCAACAGCAAUUUCCUUGCGGACAUCAACAAUGAGCGUGUACUUAAGAACGUGACCUACGCGCAUAAUCUUGCACAAUUAGACAACUUUGUCAUGUAUGUCUUCGGCAACGACACUACAGUCAUCCCCAAGGAGUCGGGAUGGUUUGCGCAGACGAACCUGACCAGUGGAGAAGUGGUGGAGUUAAGAGAUAGGGAAAUCUACAAGGAAGACUGGAUUGGAUUGAAGAAACUGGAUAAAAAGGGUGGUCUUCACUUCAAGACAACAGAGGGUGAGCACAUGACGCUAGGGGACAAGUUGUUGAAAAAUGUGUUCAAAGAGUGGUUUGCGCCGCCUAAGGAGAGUUGGAAAAAGAUGUUCGAGGACGUUAUGCAGGAAGUCGUCGAGUUGUAGUUAUAGUUGCUAUUGGAAAUACGAUCCAUUCAAGGUUAGCAACGUUCUGAGGCUUGACGUCCCAGCAUGUGAGAAGAAGUGCGGUGCCCAAGUAGCCACAUUAGCAAAGUCGAAUUAGCAAGUCCAACCAUCCGGUACUUGAGCCAUCCGAGCCAUUCCGACGUGUGACUACUGAGUCUUUU